UCCGGAAGGAGUAGUGUACCCCCCCUCCCCACACACACAGAGUUGUGGCGCAUGGGCUGAUCCCGUCUCUCCCCCUCGCUGACUUGGUUUGUUCGCGCCUUGCUUCUUCCCUCCCUUUCGCUCCAAGAAGUGGUUUGUUCCUCCCUCCCCCACCGAGCAUGGGCCCUUGGCGCGGCCCGCCGCGGGCUGGGCUGACUCUGAGGCGCCCGUAGGAGGGGCGGGACGGAAGCGUUUCCUGGAGCCUGUGGGGUGGCGGCGGGGUCGCUCGUUCCCUCCUUGCCUGCUCCUCUGGCGGGGCCGGGGGAGAUGCCGACGCAGCGGGAGAGUAGCGGCGGCAGCGGCACCAGCACCACCAUGUCCCACCCGACGCUGGGCGGCGGCGGCGGCGGCCUCUGCGGGGAUAGCGCCCACCAGGUGCGGGUGAAAGCCUACUACAAAGGGGACAUCAUGAUAACCUAUUUUGAACCUUCCAUCUCGUUUGAAGGACUCUGUAAUGAGGUUCGAGACAUGUGCUCCUUUGACAAUGAACAACUCUUCACUAUGAAAUGGAUUGAUGAAGAAGGGGAUCCAUGCACAGUUUCUUCUCAGCUGGAGUUAGAAGAAGCCUUUCGGUUGUAUGAACUAAACAAGGAUUCAGAGCUUCUAAUUCAUGUGUUCCCCUGUGUACCAGAAAGGCCUGGCAUGCCUUGUCCAGGAGAAGAUAAAUCCAUUUAUCGUCGCGGUGCCCGGAGGUGGCGGAAGCUCUAUUGUGCAAAUGGUCAUACUUUCCAAGCUAAGCGAUUUAACCGGCGAGCUCAUUGUGCCAUCUGCACUGACCGAAUUUGGGGCCUGGGGCGUCAGGGAUAUAAAUGUAUCAACUGUAAACUUCUUGUUCACAAGAAGUGCCACAAACUUGUCAACAUUGAAUGUGGCCGCCACACACUGCCGCCGGAGCCUGGAAUUCCUAUGGAUCAGUCUUCAAUGCAUCCGGAUAACUUAGAACCAGUGAUUCCAUAUAAUCGGUCUAGUCAUGAGAGCUUGGACCAUGUAGGUGAAGAAAAAGAGGCAAUGAGUAUUAGAGAAAGUGGCAAACCUUCCUCCAGUCUGGGCCUUCAGGAUUUUGAUCUCCUUAGAGUUAUAGGAAGAGGUAGUUAUGCUAAAGUACUACUGGUUCGGUUAAAGAAAACUGAACGCAUUUAUGCAAUGAAGGUUGUGAAAAAAGAACUAGUCAAUGAUGAUGAGGAUAUUGACUGGGUACAGACAGAGAAACAUGUAUUUGAACAGGCUUCAAAUCAUCCUUUCCUUGUUGGACUACACUCUUGCUUCCAGACAGAAAGCAGAUUAUUUUUUGUCAUAGAAUACGUAAAUGGAGGAGAUUUAAUGUUUCAUAUGCAGCGACAGAGGAAACUACCAGAGGAGCAUGCCAGGUUUUAUUCUGCAGAAAUCAGUCUAGCAUUGAACUAUCUUCAUGAACGAGGGAUAAUCUAUAGAGAUUUGAAACUGGACAAUGUAUUACUGGAUUCUGAGGGGCACAUUAAACUCACAGACUAUGGCAUGUGCAAGGAAGGAUUAAGGCCUGGAGACACAACCAGCACUUUCUGUGGAACUCCCAACUACAUUGCUCCUGAAAUUUUGCGAGGAGAGGAUUAUGGCUUUAGUGUAGACUGGUGGGCAUUAGGUGUACUUAUGUUUGAAAUGAUGGCUGGCAGAUCCCCAUUUGAUAUUGUUGGAAGCUCUGAUAAUCCUGACCAGAACACAGAAGAUUAUCUCUUUCAAGUCAUUUUGGAAAAACAAAUCCGCAUUCCACGAUCCCUUUCUGUUAAAGCAGCAAGCGUUCUAAAAAGUUUUCUUAACAAGGAUCCAAAGGAACGUUUAGGCUGCCAUCCGCAAACAGGAUUUGCAGAUAUUCAGGGACAUCCAUUCUUCCGAAAUGUUGAUUGGGAUCUGAUGGAACAAAAGCAGGUAGUUCCUCCAUUUAAACCAAAUAUAUCAGGUGAAUUUGGUCUUGAUAACUUUGAUUCUCAAUUCACUAAUGAACCUGUGCAGCUCACUCCGGAUGACGAUGAUAUUGUGAAGAAGAUUGACCAGUCUGAAUUUGAAGGCUUUGAAUAUAUCAAUCCUCUUUUGAUGUCAGCUGAGGAAUGUGUCUAACUUUUUGUUUCUGAACUGUGCCAUAUAUUGCACCUAUCGCUUGUUUUCUGCAUGGAUAAACAAGUUUCUAUUUGAUUGCACCUGCAUCAAAUGAAAACCAUUUUACCCUUACCACCAGCUGUGGAGUCACAAAUUUUUAAUCUUGGUUGUUCCAGUUGGCAAUCAUGCUGAACAUUUUGUGUUAAGCUGCAGAAAUUUUUUUAAAUGUUAAUCUUCCAACAAUCUUGCCAAAGUCUAAUUUUUAUAUAGAAGCAGCCAUUGCCUGACUGAAGUAGUGGAUUUUUCUGUUUAAAUUGCUGUAAGUAAUGUAGCUUUCUGCUUAAAAAUCUUCUUACAUGUGCUCUUAAAGCAGUUACAUUAGGGCACAUAAUGAAACAGCAUUAAAAGCCAUUAAUAUUUACAUUUUAACAGCAAGACUGACAAGACUUCACUUCUAGUAACUUCUAAAGCUUCUCUCCUUCAGUCUUGCUAAGUAUACAGAUCUUUCCAUGUUUACAGUUGAAACUGUGGUGUUGCUCCAAUACACUCAAAUGACACUUGGACAGCAGUUCCUUAAACUGGGCAGAGCAAAGGAAAAUGGCUGCUUUCUUGAACUAGGAAAUAUUGAUUGUUACAAAAGAAGAUUGUUUUCUUGUAAUUGAAUUAAUAGAUUCGAUUUCUGAUUUGUAAGUGGGGGUGUAAACAUAUACAGGUUGGUAUGUGAAAAAGAAAGUGUCUUUCUAAACCAGUCCCUUUCAGUAAGGGCUGUAAGAGACAUAAAGUGUCAGUUUAAAUGGGUGGAACUCACUUCAUACUUUUUUUUUUUUUAAGGAAAAAAAUCUGCAUAGAGAAUUAUUUUUAGCAAAGACGGGCAGCUAAUGAAGAAUGUAGAACCUCAUGAUAUUUAUUCCUUAAAUUCCAUAGCUGUUUUGGUAAUUCUGUAGUGGUUAUCAUACAACUAAACCUAGUUAAAGAGAAGACAGUAAAAAUAAUCAAAUUUUACUGCCGUGUUAUUGGAAAAGCAUUCCAUUUUCCCAGUGGGAGAAAAUGCAUGUUUUUAUUCGUGUAACCCAAUAUCAAAACCAGAUUACCUAGCUACAAUGACUCCUGGACCGUGUGCGUGUGCGUGUGUGUGUCAAUUAUGAAUUAUCUCUACCAAUAUUAGGAAUCCUCAAUGGACUAACUGUCUGUCAGGAAAAAUUGGAAUAAAUUGAAGUCAUUUAAACAAGUGACUUGAUUAGAAGUAUGAUUCUUAUAAAUAUCCAUAUAGAUAGCUAAAUAUUAAACUACUUUUUGAAUGUUUGAGGAAUAUACUGACUGAAGAGAUGCCAAAUAUAUUUUGUGCUUAACCUUAAUAACAUUUUUAAGGAAAAGGGAUGUUAAGAGAAAUAGUCAAAUUCUAUAUAAAUUAUCCUACAAAGGCUUAAACUGCUAAAGAAGCAGACUUAAUAAAACACUAGUCUGAAAACAUAACAUACCUUAGGACAUGUCUACACUGGGCUGGCAACGCACAUUAAGUAGUAUGAUUUGUAGAGUGCACUAAUAUGCUGCACUGUAACUGCCUCCACGCACCCUGUUGGCAUGCUCUAAAAGGUACCUAGUUUGCAUUAAUGUAGUUACAAGAACCCAGAUAGACAAGAGUUACCUAAAGUUCCCUCUGCUGCUGUUUCCCUUGAAAGCUGUAGUGCACUGACACUAUAAUUUCAGUUUUACUGGUGUGAAUUACCUUCAUUUGUAUACUUAAACUGUUUUAUAUUCUGAGAGGUUGACGCUGCUUGGUACCUGCCCAUAGUAUAGUACCUAGCUCAUUUUUGUUUAUAUUAGGCUAUGUUUUAACAACUGACAAGCUGUUUUGGUGCCUCCAGUUUUUGGGAAGUACUGAAACUUUCUUCCCCCUGCCCCCGAAAAUAGUGCUCCUGUAUGAUGUCUCAAGAUGAGCCCUUAAAAUCACAAGCUGCUCUUUAGGCUUUAAUCUAUUUAAAUCUUAAAGGGUUUUUUUCACUACAUGAGUUAAAUUUGAGAUAAUCUUGAAGUAUUUAGCCUUGGACUUGUAAAUUUGUCAUCUGUAUAGAAGUCUGGAAUUUGUUGCUAUUAAACUCAAUCUGCUAUCAAUUAGGCCUGAACUAGACUCUGUAUAGUGGCUUAACUUCAUAGGAUAUUCAGUGCAAAAUAGUUUUAUAUGGGGAAGUAUUUUCAGAUUUUCAUCAUACACUUAAAGAUGAAUGGCAUUCUCACUUUGAAGUUUUUGUUCUUGAUGCAAAAACAUUUUUUUACAGAUGUUACAGAAAAUAUGCAUUUUUAUUUAUGUAUCUUAACCUUAAGGUCUGCCUUCUAUUGUAUUAUCAACUUAGUUAACGAAGUGAUAUAUAUAUUUAAACAAUUGUCACUGCAAGUCUAUUUUUUACUUUGUCUUCAUACUCUAAGUGCCAGAACAUUAACUGUUAAUUUUUUAAGUUGCUAAAGUUGUAGAUGCUGUCUUAGUAUAUUCCACAGGGAAAUCAGGCAUGGACAGUCAAGAACAGUAGGUUGUUAUAUCUUGUAGAGAGAAACUGUCUACAUCAGAAUCAUGAUGUGUUUGUGGAGUAACCUCAUUUUUGUAUACAAAUUGAACUUUGGGUGCUCUUCUAGUUGAAUAUGUGGCUACUGUAUUUUUCUGCUUCACUUAGAACACUGUUUUGAACAUUAUACUGUGUAAUCAUUUUCUGUGUUUGUGCACACAUUUUUUUACUUUGUCUUUAAAUAAAACAUUUAAAUAAAACAUUUAUAUUAGAA